AUGUCCAAAGACAUUAUUGUGCUCGCACCAAAUGGGAGACGACAAAAAAUACAUUGUACCCCUGAUACUAGUAUUUUACAGGUUUUAGAAGAUGUAUGUAGUAAACAAGGUUUUCAACCUUCUGACUAUGACCUGAAACAUCAUAACCAUAUUUUGGAUUUGACAACCACUAUCCGAUUUUCAAACCUUCCUAACAAAGCUACGCUUGAAAUGGUUGAAGCAGAUACUAAGCGGAGGGAAUCAAAUGUUACCAUUGGCUUACAACUAGAAGAUGGUGAAAGAAGAACAGCAGACUUUUCACCCACUACAACUUUGUAUGAUCUGGUAAUAUCAUUGGCUCCAUCGGAAAUAGGUCUGAUACAACAACCAACAAUAUUAUAUAUGCGUCAAGAAGUUGUUGGAGAAAGUGCACUUAAAGGAAAAACUUUGAGGCAAUUAGGAUUGAUUAAAGGCAGGGCGAUUUUAAGAUUACUUAACAAACAAGAAGAGGCAAGACAGGCUAAUGUGUCUGCAUUUUAUAGAAAGUCUGUUAUUGAUACACAAGUUGAUAAAAAAGCUGCCAUGACCAUAACAGAGCCGGGUCCUACACAAAUUGCUGAGUCUGCAUCCACAGAAGUUAGUCAAACCAAGCAUGAAACAUAUGACCAGUCUGAUAGUUUGAAAAAAUUUAAAGAAGAAAUUCGUAAAGAACUAACAAAAGAGGAAAAAAUGUCAAUGCCUGAAAAAGUUGUAAAUGAGGAACCAGUAGUACAGAGUAAUGAAAGUGAAGAGACUAUGGAUGUUGAUAUAGAUAGUUCUACUUCAAGAAGCACACAUACACAAGAAAAUCUUGAAAGAAGACUUAAGAUUGAUGAAGAAGUGACAUUUCUUGGAAAUUAUAAAGCUAUAGCUUUUAAACAACCGGAUUCCAUGGAUCAUGAGCCAGGUGACCUGCCAGAUGACUUCUAUGAAUUAUCAGUUGAAGAAGUGCGUAAAUUGUACCAUGAUUUACAACAAAAUCGAUUGAGUCUUGAAAACACCCCACUUAUGUUAGCCUCGACUAGAGAUGAUAAUCACGCCCAGUCUUCUCAAGAAAAACUUAAUUUAUACAAGAAUGUUGUGGUACGGAUACAGUUUCCAGACCAGAUAAUACUGCAAGGGAUAUUUUCGCCAUCAAAUACUAUUGAGGAUGUCACAAAUUUCAUAAAAGAUCAUUUGCAUUAUCCUCAUGAAAAGUUCGAUAUAUUUACAACUCCAAUUAAAGAAUCUUUAGAGCCUAAAAUGACAUUACUGGAUGCAAAAUUUGUACCAUGUGUUCAUAUGCACUUCAAAUGGUCAAAUCAGGAUACCAAGAAUCAACUGUGUUUAAAGGAAGAAAUUUAUUCAAAGUUAACAGCACCAGAUGCAGCAAGUAUACUGGCUUCAAAAUAUAGAGCACCAAGUAGAAGUAGACAAGAUAAUGGAACUCAUAAUAAUCAGAAAUCCAGCAAACCAUCGACUUCAAAAGCCAGUAAAGUUCCACGCUGGUUCAAGAAUUGA